ACUUCAAUCAUGGGAGAAGAUGAUCAUCAAGAUGAGAAGCCUCUAACUUCAUCCUCCUCCAAAAUCCAUCAUUUCCCGAUCUCCGUAGACGAAGCGUUGUCCACCGAGUUACAUAAACAACGUGCGGGCUUCCGUAAAUGCACUUUAUGUUGUGGCAUCAUAACCGCGAUGAUCCUCAUCAUCGCGGUUGUCAUGUUAGUUCUAGGUUUCACUAUAUUCCACGUCAAAAACCCAAAAAUCAACAUGAACUCGGUAACUAUCAUGGGACUUGACCGAGUCAACUUAACGAGCCAGCUACUAGGUAACCUAACCGUAGUAGCUGAUGUCUCGGUUAAAAAUACUAACGUGGCUGCAUUCAAGUUUGAAAAAUCUAACGCAAGCCUUGUGUACCAUGAUAUGGUAGUUGGAGUUGCGGAUAUACCUAAAGGCGUGGCCAAGGCACGAAAAACGUUAAGAAUGAACGUAACGUUUGAUGUAAUCGUGGCGGAAAUAACACAGAAUAAACAGUUUGGGAAUGAUAUGGCAACGGGGACUUUACCCAUGGAAAGCUAUACGAAGAUUCACGGUAGGGUGAAAAUAAUGAACGUUAUUAAGAGAAAAGUGACAGUAACUAUGAAUUGUUCUAUUUCGGUUAGUGUAACUAGUUGGAAGAUUGUUGAUCAAGAUUGCAAGAGACGUGUAUCGCUUUAAUUAAUUAAUAGAGUAUUAGGACGAUUUCAUUAUAUUUUCAAGUACUAUAGUUUUGAUCAUAUGUUUUUUAGUUUUUUCAACGAUUGUUUUGAGUGCAUGUAUUUAGUUUAUGUAAAAGCUAUAUGUAUACUGUUCCAUUUUUUAAGGAAAAAGGGAUUAAUCCACAUAAUGUUAGACGUUGGCCAAUGUGCCGG